AGUUUUGUAAUCAGGCACGGCAAGUUGUAUAUAAGUUUCGCUACACCUGUCCUACAUGCAUGAAAUUUGUUAGAAUUCUCAUCAAGGAAUCUUUUUCAACGGCUCUGAUUGAUUUCAGAUUAAUUUGAUGUGUGAUGUGUGGUGAUUAGGGCGCUUUUGUUUGAGGUUCUGUGCAGCUGAGCGCACCUGACCAGAAAGAUAGUGUGCGUAGGUCCCACCCGCCUCCUCUGUUCUGAUUAGGGUUUUUCUCUCUCUCUAAAAGUUUUGGUGUGCGUGAGGUGUAUUCAUUAUUUCUUUCUGCAAUUGAAGGAGCAGAGAGGAAAAUUCAUCAACGAAGCCAUGACAGACUAUAAGGCGGAGCAGGACAUGGAAAUUGAAGCCUUGGAAGCAAUCCUUGCGGAUGAGUUUAAAGAAAUUCAUUCUAGUGAAAGUGGUCUGAAUACUUCGAAUCGUUGCUUUGAGAUAACCAUCUGUCCCCAGGACGAUGAGGCAGAUGAGUCAAAUUACCUAUCAGUACGGCUGGCAUUGAUAUUCUCGCACACAGAAAACUAUCCUGAUGAACCUCCACUUCUCAAUUUUAAAAGUUUGAAAGGAAUUCAACAAGGAGAUCUUAGAGCUCUCAAAGAAAAGCUUGAACAAGAGGCUGCAGAUAAUCUUGGUAUGGCGAUGAUUUACACUUUGGUUACGUCAGCUAAGGAAUGGCUUUCUGAAAGAUUUGCCCAGGAUGCUGGGGAUGAUGAUGAUGAGGAAGAUGAGGCAGCAAAAGAUGAGGUUAUCAUACCACAUGGAGAACCAGUUACUGUUGACUCAUUUUUGGCAUGGCGGGAGAGAUUUGAAGCAGAAUUAGCUCUUGAAAGAGCCAAGCUAAUGCCGGAUUCUGCACUUGCUGCUCCAAAGGAGAAAAGACUUUCAGGCAGGCAGUGGUUUGAAAGUGGAAGGGCUUCCGCGAAAGGUGCUGCAGCUGCUGCUGAAGAAGAUGAAGAAAUCGACGAAGAUAUUGACUUUGAUGAUGAUGACUUCGAAGUUGAUGAAGAUGACAUGCUCGAGCACUACUUAGCUGAAAAAACUGAAUCUUAGAGGGACUAAGCUAACGAUGGUUCGAUGGGCAUGAAGGGGUUUGCUUCUUUAGUGCAGCAAACGCGCAACUAAAUCUCAGGCAAAGAUGGUUUAAGCCUUGGUAUGCAAGAGAUGGAACUUGGGCCUACUGCACAAUUAUACUCGUCUCAAAUGAAGGCAUACAUGACUUGGUACGUGGAACGGGUGAAUUUUUUCUGUUACUUGAGUUAAGAAGCUUGCCAUUACAUUAUAGAACUAUGUAUCAACAAAUUUUGAGAACCCUUUAAAGUAUGUCAUCUGUAUUAUGGCGUUCAUUUCAUUAGUAGUAUUUGUUUCGUGUAAGACUUCGAUUUUGGUCUAUUGCAUCAUCAGUUUAUUGCUGAUCA